ACGCUUAUGUAAAACUUGUCGAUGUGUGCUAUAUACUUCAAGCAGGUAGCAGCGUUGCGGAUCUUGAUCUCCCGCUAAAAGCCAAAGGCAAUUCGGUGUGCACCUCGCAUGGCAAGGACGAAAGUGCUGAUGUGGCAGAAUAUUGUAGUUUUUAAUACUAUUUUCGUGUUUAUUUUACGUUUCGGAACGUGUUAAAUUUAGUUGUACCUAGGAUAAGUUGCAUUUUAAAUGCGAGUUUUUCUGUGGUUUUAAAUUGUGAGAAAAUUAUAGAGAAAGUACUAUGGUGAAAAUUUUGAGCUCCAAGGCCAGCAAAAUGUACCGUAAUUCCGAACAAUACAGCGAUUGUUCGAACUUGUUGAUCAAAGAUGGUCCUCCGUUGGAUGAACUUGAUCCUGCCAUCUUGAGCUGCGGUCUGCCGGCGAUCAUUCUGUCCGACAUUCAGCCAGUUUAUGCGCCGCCCCCGAUUCGCUACACGAUCGAUCAGCUGCAAGCAAUUAGAAAUUCCUCGCUUUCACUCCGACGCCCGCUCGCAGCGGAUGAUCCCAGGGUAUCGGUGUUUUCCAUAUGGAGGGCUGCUAACAAUACGAUUCAUUCCAACCGGCGCGGCGGCAGCAGCAUUGGCAGCAAUGCCUCCAACGCCACGCAACAACAGAACGAACAUCGUAAUCAUAACAGCGGUAACAACGGCAGGGAUAAAUCACCGGAACGGGCUGGCAAGUUCAGGAACCACCACGGUCGGGAGAAUGGAUUCGGUGGUCAACGGUUCAGGCGUAACUUCGGAUUCAGCAGCAGCAACCAUCACGUAAUUGUAAAAAGUUACCGUUCCGAUAGUGAUCAUCAUCACCUGCAAAACACCGUUAUCGAGGAAGAACCCGAAUGGAUGACCGCUGGUCCUACCUCGCGCCUGGACACAAUAGAGCUUCGAGGCUUCGAUGAUGACCUGUCGGUUUCGCAGUCGUCUUCCGAAAAGAUCGGCAAUGGUGAUAGCAAAAACUCCAGCAAAAGCUCAGGAAAGCACAUCUCAUUCUUCGACGAUCUGCAUCAUUACGAGCAUGUCCAUCACGCCAGAAAAGGCAACAACAGUGGUGGCAGUGGCGGUGGCAUUCUGAAAUCGAACGAUUCAUCCGGACGGGAAAAUGACGUCGAAAGCGUGACCACAUCGAACACCGGUUCACCUCCGCCGGCUCGAAGUACCCCCACGAAGCAUACGGCUUCCGAGUUCAACAAUCAGAUGACGGACGAUGGCCAGAGGAACACCAGCGGUGUCAAUGUGAACAACUUCGAGGAGUUCAUGAAAUUUGAUUCAUUGCUCGGGUCUGAUUCGACCCCGGCAACUAAUGUGCCAUCCGGAUCGCGGUUCAGCAAAUGGUUUCGCCGCGGUGGAAAUUCGUUCAACCAUUCCUUCGGCAACAACUAUGACGCCCGCCGCCAGGCAUUCCAUUUGGGACCGGAUGGCCUUGGACCGGCAAAUAAUAAUCGCUACCCGGCAGACCGCCAUUAUGCGCCCCAGCAAUACGGCGCAUCUCGUUUUUCGUCCUAUCAAGGACCGGUUAAUCAGUCAGCGGAAGUCACGGCGUUCAAGCAUUUGCUAGAGAGGCUGGCCCAGAAUCGUACCAACAACAAUCCAAUCGCUCAACAGCAGCAGUAUCUUAUGCAAAUUCUCAACAAGAACCAGCAAAGCGAAAGUCUGCGUCGUAUGCUGAUGAAAAACACUAUGGACAACGUAUCUGACGGCAAUCAGCAUCAGCAAUCCUCGCAGCAGCAGACUCCGCGUGUUCCGACCCAGCUGGAGCUGCAGCUGCACACGCAGUCCAUCAUGCAGAACGCCCUUCUCAGGAAGAAGCUACAGGAUCAACGCAAGAUUAUCAUCGAACAGAACCAUCAAAUGGCGGAAAUGGUUGCUGUUGCCGCAGCCGGUGGUAAGUCGAAACCGAACGCCGAGGUUCAGCAGUUUGUGAAAUCGGUGUCCCCGAACAUUCAACGCAGUUUGUCGCUUUUGAGCCAAACGACCGGUAACGAUCACUAUCGUUCGUUCAAUCAAACCUUCUCUGGAAGCAACAGCGGUAUACCAAUGAACAAUCCAGCUUUUGGCGGAGGAUCCCAUCAACAGCAGGAUCUGUCGGCCUCAUUGCGCCAAAUGCUGCUUCCUCAAUAUCAGCAUCAACAGCAAGGAUCACGUCCGUUCGGAGGAAACCGACGUCGCUACGAGAAGCGAUCGGUCACAUGGAAGCACAUCAACUAAAACGCCGUCGGGUUGCCAAUGAUGAUCGAUGGGUUUGAAUACUGGUAUUUCGAGCAUUUCUUUUUACUAAGCCAUUUUUCGUUUCUUAUUAUCAUUUAUACGUGUUUCGUUUUUUACUUACCAUUAAUUACCCAAAAAGUGUCUCGUUUGUUUUUUUUGUAUCCAUCCACGGAUUUAUUCGACUUCAGCGUUGUCGGAAUAUUAGUCCACGGCAAAAACAAUAUUUGCCAUUUCCUUUAUUCGCACUAGGAAAGUAGAGAUGUAAGACGAUUGUUUGUAUUUUGCGCAAGAACCAACGGUAGUAUUAUCUCCGUAUAUAUCUUCACUUUUUCUCAUCAUCUAGAACACUUACCAUUGUUUGCUCAUACACAUUUUGCCAUAUGAUUGUAUUAUUUCAGUAAUAGAAACACAGAUACAUUAGUUUUAUCAGACUGAAUUGGCUAUAGUGGAUUUACAUUUUGAAUCUAAGACAUUAUAAUAAAACUUUGAAUUGUGAAA